AUGGACAUUGACUCUCCAGGAUGUGGAAAUAAGCAGCUACAGCCAGACAGGAAUUGGUGGAAACAAGUGGAAAAGACAAGACUGAUGGACAUCGACCCUCCAGGAUGUGGAAAUGAGCAGCUACAGCCAGACAGGAAUUGGUGGAAACAAGUGGAAAAGACAAGACUGAUGGACAUUGACUCUCCAGGAUGUGGAAAUGAGCAGCUACAGCCAGACAGGAAUUGGUGGAAACAAGUGGAAAAGACAAGACUGAUGGACAUUGACCCUCCAGGAUGUGGAAAUGAGCAGCUACAGCCAGACAGGAAUUGGUGGAAACAAGUGGAAAAGACAAGACUGAUGGACAUUGACCCUCCAGGAUGUGGAAAUGAGCCACUACAGCCAGACAGGAAUUCGUGGAAACAACUGGAAAAGAAGAGACUGAUGGACACUGACCUUCCCAACAGCAAGACAUAUCAAAGUAGAUAACUGUCACUGAUCAGUGUGCUUUGAUGAUUUGGUGACAGUACCCAGUAGGAGACUCAGAUGAAGUCAUGUGGAUGUGCUUGACAUGAAUGACAAGGAACCC